CGUAGCUACUGAGAGGAAAGUAUGAAAUUAUUGGCUCUCAAGGACGGCAUGCGUAAUCCGACUUCUGGAGGUUACGGUGUAGAAAAUUGCGUUUUUUGUCUUCCUUCUGGGAAACAAAUGAACGAAUCCUUAGCUAAUGGGAUUAUCAAACCUAUGAUUUGUGGUUUAUGCAGGAAAACGUCUUCAUAUAUCUGUCCUCGAUGUAGUAUUAAUUAUUGUUCACUGACUUGCUAUCGAAAUGAAGCACAUAAGGACUGCUCUGAAUCAUUUUACCGAGAUUGUUGUAUUGAAUCACUGCGCUGUACCUUUUCUAAGAAGUCGGAAAGAUCACACAUGAAAGAAAUGUUAAGGCGUGAAUCAUGUGCUUUAUCAGAUGACUUCCAGUUAGCAAAUGUGAAAUUUCAGGUAGACAAUGAUUAUACAGAUGAUAAGAAUGAGAGUAUUGAAGAUGAUUUGCAAACUCGUUUAGGUGAUUUAAAUUUGGAAACCGAAGAUGCUGAUGUCAUCUGGUCAUGUUUGACCCUGAAAGAAAAACGAGAUUUCAGUAGACUUAUUCAGUCAAAUGCUAUCGUUCAUUUCAUACCAACAUGGACUCCCUGGUGGUUAGAGCAAAAACCAAUUAUUGAAGAAGUAAAUCAACAGAAUGUUUCAGUGGACAAAUCGCGAACCUUACCUAGCAUUCAAUCGUUAAGUCAACUUUUACCAUCCGGAAUAUCGCCUCACCCUUCAGUUGGGUAUAUUUUAGCAGAUGUAUUAUUGGGAUAUGCUUUUGUUAUGAGAUUUUAUAAUGGUGACUACAUGGACUUAAUCGAUGAUGCAGGAACUCUUCUGUGUAAUAUAGUUUUAUCAUUCACAAAAUCUCAGACUACUUCAGUCUCAUCACUGAAUACUACUACUUCUACUAAUAAUAAUUCAUCAGAUUAUUUAAAGAAAACAAGAAUAAUUAAAAGACAGAGUGGAAAUAAUCCAACUCACCAAGUAUAUAACUGUAUAAAUGAAAUUCUUGCCGCAAUUCAAUAUAAACUUAUGGAGCUAAAUUUACCUUGUCAUCCUUCAAUUAUGAUACUAUUGCUUGAAGAUCUUAGUCAUUUAUUAGAUAAUAUUGGAUUUUGUAAUAAAGCACUGAAAGACGUGAAUAAAUUGAUAGUGAAUUUCAGGAAAACUCUACGUGCUGUAAAUUCAAAUGAAAACUUACGAUUAAAAGCAAAUGUUGCUCAUCAUAAAAUAGUCUUUCUUCAAGCUUGCCUUGAUGAUAACAAUCAAUUGGCUAAACGUUGGCAAACAAAUGUUUUACCAAAAUUAUGGAAUCAAAUAUCUAAUGAAUUAAUCCAACGAAUUAAUGAUAUUGAAAACUCAAGUACAGAUAGACGUGAUGAAAAAUCUGCUGGUCCAAAUUGGCGCAAUAUUAUUCGAGAUGAAAAUGUUUACAAAAGUUCUUAUUGUCGUACGUUAGUCGAGUCACUUGAUACUAAUAACUAAAUGCUUCAUAAUUUCUUGAGUACCUGUACAUAAUAUACAUAUUUUAAUAUAUGCUUAUGGCAAUAAAUCUAACAUUUUACCAGCUUAGUGGAAGUUUGCUACUACUCUGAUAAAGUGGUUGAGGUUGCCUACCGUGACGACAGAGUUGAGGUUUAUUGACAGGAUCACGUGUACCAUAACUUCCUAGCAUACCAGAGAUGUAAAAACCUCAGGUUAGUCGUACUACUGACUAUUUUAAGGUGUAGGGUAUUUCCCAGUGAUG